AUGGAUGCCGAUUUUAAGGCUCAAUUAGAUCAAGAAAGAACUAAAGUUGAAGAUGCAUUUGAAUUUUUUGGUUGCAAAGUUGGUCGAGGAACGUAUGGACAUGUAUAUAAAGCAAAGAAAAAAGAUGGAAGUGACACACGGGAAUAUGCAUUGAAACAAAUUGAAGGAGCUGGUUUAUCAACAAGCGCUUGUCGAGAAAUUUCCUUAUUACGUGAAUUAAAACAUGUCAAUGUUAUUACACUACAACGUGUUUUUCUUUCCCAUGCCGAUCGUCGUGUUUAUCUUUUAUUUGAUUUUGCUGAACAUGAUUUAUGGCAUAUUAUUAAAUUUCAUCGUUCAGCAAAACAAAAUAAAAAAACUGUUGCAUGUGCACGUGGGAUGGUUAAAUCAUUACUUAAUCAAAUACUUGCUGGUAUACAUUAUUUACAUUCAAAUUGGAUACUUCAUCGAGAUCUUAAACCAGCUAAUAUAUUAGUUAUGGGUGACGGUAUUGAACGUGGUAGAGUUAAAAUUGCAGAUAUGGGUUUUGCACGUUUAUUUAAUUCACCAUUGAAACCGAUGGCAGACUUAGAUCCUGUUGUUGUUACAUUUUGGUAUCGUGCACCAGAAUUAUUACUUGGCGCUCGACAUUAUACAAAAGCAAUUGAUAUUUGGGCCAUAGGAUGUAUAUUUGCUGAACUACUUACUUAUGAACCCAUAUUUCAUUGCAAACAAGAAGAUAUCAAAACUAGUACACCUUAUCAUCAUGAUCAGCUUGAUCGAAUUUUUUCUGUUAUGAGUUUUCCAACUGAUAAAGAAUGGGAAGAUAUGAAGAAAAUGCCAGAAUAUACACGUUUAUCGAAAGAAUUUAAAAAGAACAAUUAUGCAACCUCUAGUUUAAAUAAAUAUAUGGAUAAACACAAUGUUCGAUCAGAUGGUCGAGCAUUUCAAUUAUUAACGCGUUUACUUACUAUUGAUCCAACAAAACGAUUAUCUGCUUUAGAAGCAAUGAAUGAUUUUUAUUUUAAAGAAGAUCCUCGACCUACUGAUGAUGUUUUCGAUUCUCAUCCGAUACCUUAUCCUAAACGUGAUUUCAUAACUGAUGAUGACUCAUCCGAAGUUACCGGCGCACAUGUAUCAAAAACUGAAUCAACAAUAAUGGUUAAGACAGAAGCGUCAUCAGUUGUUCUUACACAACAACAAGCAUCUCAUUUGAAUCAUAGUCAACAACAAUUAACAACACAACAGCAACAGCAGCAAAAUGUACUUAUUAAACAGCAACCACAACAACAACAUAAUAACAUUGUUCAACAGACACAUCCUCAACAGAUGAAAUUAAUGCAACAACAUUCAUCCAAUGUAAAUAUUCAAGGACAACCACCUGAAAAGAAAUUCUGCGUAGCUGGUGUUUAUACUGGUAGCGACUCAUCGAACUAUGAUUAUCAAAUGGCUACAGUAACAAAUUUUCGUUACACUACAUCCCCGAUAAUAAUUAUUCUAGGUGCAACAGCUGUUGGAAAAACGAAAUUAUCAGUUUAUUUAUCUAAACGUUUUAAUGGAGAAAUAAUUAAUGCAGAUUCAAUGCAAAUAUAUGAAGGUUUAGAUAUUACAACAGCUAAACCAACAAUUGCAGAACAAGAUAAUAUUCCUCAUCAUUUAUUUAGUUAUGUGAAUCCUUUUGAUCGCUCACAUACUGUUGUGGAUUAUCGAAAUGAUUCUUUACCAAUUAUCGAAUCGGUGAUAUCUCGAUCUCAUGUUCCAUUUAUUGUCGGUGGUACGAAUUAUUAUAUUGAGUCUUUACUUUUUCAUCUUAAUCCACCGGAACCAUCAUCCGACAAUUCACAUGAUAAACAAUCUACUUCAUUAUCAACUGACUUAUCGGAUGAAAAUUUAGCAAAAUUAACUUCAGUUCAAUUACAUGAACUAUUAUCAAAAAUCGAUAAACCAACAAGUAUCAGAAGACAUCCAAAUGAAGAACGUAAAAUACGAAGAGCUAUUGAAUUUUAUCGUGAUUCUGGUGGCAUUGCAUUAAGUGAAGCAUUAAAAAGACAACAUGCUGAAAGUGGUUUUGCUUAUCGAGGAUCAUUUCGUUUUCAUCGUUGUUGUCUGUUAUGGCUAACAUGUCAAAAACAGGAAUUAGAAAGACGUAUAAAUGAUCGAAUAAAAUCUAUGCUUGAUCGUGGUCUUAUUAAUGAAUUAGAAAAAUUUCAUGAUGAAUAUAAUCAAACAAGUACACAAGCAGAACAAUCAUAUAAUUAUACUCGUGGAAUAUUUCAAGCAAUUGGUUUUAAAGAAUUUCAUGAUUAUUUACUUUUAUCAGAUAUAGAACGAAAAAGUGAACAUGGUGAAAAAGUAUUUGCUAAUGCUAUUGAACGCCUGAAACUUUCUACAAGACAAUAUUCAAAAUAUCAAGAAAAAUGGCUUCGAAUGCGUCUUCUUCAACGCAUCGAAGAACAUUCUCCUAAUGUUUAUGAGCUUGAUACAACUAAUUUAUCAUUAUGGCAUGAAAAUGUUGAACAACGAGCUGAAGCUAUUAUUGAUGCUUUUCUAAAAAAUGAAAAAAUUCCAUUUGAUCCUCUUCCAAAAACACCAAUAGAUGAACCUAUUUAUGAACAAAAUACAUGCUUAGCAUGUCAACGUGUAUUUCAUAUGAAAUCACAGUGGCUUGAUCACUUAAAAAGCAAACAACAUAAACGAAUAGUUCGUGCAACAGAUCGAGCUGCAUAUCGUCAAAAAUUGAAUAAUGCUAUACCAUCAUUAUUGAGCACACUUGAUUUAUUACAAAUGAAAAAAAAUUCUGAAAUACAGAAAGAGAGUGAUGAAUUUGAAAUAGAUGAAACAAUAGAAUCUUUAGAAAAAAAUAAUUGA